AGAGCAGUGGAGGUUCGUAUUGACUAAAACUAGUACAAAGGGCGACAAAUACGUAGUAGCUGUCCUGGUUAUUCGGUAGCAGGUUACGGUGUCACGUUUCUCCUUAAAAUGGCAUUUUAUCUAAGAUAAAAGCUAAACUUCAAAGCUACAGAUCGAGCUGCAGAUGAGACUCCCUUUUCGCUCCUUUCGCAUAUUCAGGAGUUUACUCUCUCAAAGGCCAACCACAAACCUGCAGAGGCGGCGAGGCCUGAGCAGUGCAGCGAUGCGCCUGGUGCAGUUUCAUUGCCAUGGAGGUGGCAUCAGAGUGGGAGUGGAGCAAGGCGAGGGGCUCGGCGUGGUGGAUUUGAAGGCGUAUGACCCCACCAUGCCCUCAACAAUGAGAGAGCUGCUGGAGCUGGGAGACAAGGGUCUGGAGUGUGCACAGAGAGCCUUGUCGUCCAGUCAGUGUGUGGUGGAGCGAUCGGACAUCCAGCUGCUGUCACUGUUGGCACCGGAGAAGGUGGUGUGUGUGGGUUUGAACUACAGGGACCACUGCCUGGAGCAGAACGCCCCGAUCCCCAAAGAACCGAUCAUCUUCAGCAAAUUCCCCAGCGCCAUCACCGGGCCAUAUGAUGACAUACAUCUGCCUUCAGAGAGCCAGGAGGUGGACUGGGAGGUGGAGCUGGCCUUUGUGAUUGGACGAAGAGGAAAACACAUCAAGGAGGAAGAUGCUCUCUCCUACGUGGCUGGGUUCACUGUGGCCAAUGACAUCACCGCACGUGACUGGCAGAUGCGCAACGGGAAGCAGUGGCUGCUGGGAAAAACGUUUGACAGCUUCUGUCCUCUCGGCCCUGCAUUAGUAACCACCGAUGCUGUGGCAGAUCCUCACAACCUGGGCAUCCGCUGCCUUGUUAAUGGAGACACAGUCCAGAGCAGCAACACUGAUCAGAUGAUCUUCAAGACGGAGGUGCUGGUCGCCUGGGUCUCAAAGUUUGUGACAUUGACUCCAGGAGAUGUGUUCCUGACGGGCACUCCUCCAGGCGUGGGUGUGUUCAAAAAGCCACCCGUCUUUCUCAAGAAAGGAGACGUGGUGGAGUGCCAGAUUGACCAGAUAGGGUCUAUAAUCAACAAAAUGGUCUAAACCCCGAGACAACCUGCUGAAAACACCAACAAUCCAUGAAAGAUUGUCAGCUGGUAAUAAACUGCAUGUCUGAUCGACGACGAAUUUACUAAAAGUCUCUCACAUUUUCUCAGUGUGAAAAUCAGCUGGAAAUGUGUAAAGAAUAUGACUCAUGAUAAAUGUUACUACAAUAAUUGAGAGGAAGGAAAACACGGUAUUUUUACAACAUGAAACUGUAUAAUUACGUGUCCCAACAUGGUGUUUUUGCAGCUCGACCUCAGAUAUUGAGUCAUCAGCAGCCACCCACUCAUGUUACAGAGCAGGAACUGUGAACCUCCUGACUUUUUGUUUUUUUCAUAGAAAAAUUUAAACAAUUUCUAAAUACGUUUGAUAUUCUGGAUGAUCAAUUGUAUAUAAACUUUUUCUACUAACAUCACUUUCUCAUAAAAUGUAAGCAGAUUUCCAGUGAUAGGAAUAAAUAAAUAAAAUAAAAUAUGCUGUCUUCAA